GUCCCCACCAUACAAAUUGAAAAGCCUGACGACGACGAGAGCGAUGAUGAAUUGGAAAUUCAUGGAAAGAGAAGAGAUCGUUUCCGUACGCGCCGUCGAGCUUCCAUUGCCCCAUUGCCAGCCCUGCGCUUAAACGACAAAGAAAUGUUGGCCAGUGAUUUUGAUGCGUACAGUGUGGCCAGUAAUCAGGCCUCAAUUACCAGUGUAAAUUCUCUGGCCAGUUUGCUAAGAGAGAAAAUGCAGGCCUUCCCGCAAAUGAUACGAAAAAAGAAACGAGAAACAAAAGAUUAUAAAAUAAAAAUCUUUGUGAUUAUUAUGUUCUUUAUGGUUAUAUUUUUGGUCGGCUUUGCCUAUGUUGGCUACCAUCAGAAACUAAUGACCCAUUCAUAUUUUGAAAAAAUCAAAUUCAAUAGCAAUGAUCGAGUAUUGAGAAUUCUAAGUCACGACGAACAAGAAGUCAUCUCCGGUCUAUUGGGUAAAACAAUCGGUAUGGAUACGAAACCCUAUCACUGUUUAGAGGACCAUCGAAAACAGGAUGGUAGCAUCUGCAUCGAAUGGAAUGGUAUAGCCCGACUGUAUAUGAAUUUUCAAGAUAUGGAUGUAUUUCGUUGCUAUACCAUUAAUUGGCAAGCAUUGAGUCCGCGGAAUUAUCCCACCGAUUGUUAUGAAUUGAAGCGUAAUAAUGGUCUAUGGUUUGGUGGCGGCAUGACCAAAUCUAAGGAGUGGUCACUGAGUAAUGAUCAUUUUGAUUUUGCUCCCUUCUCAAGUGGUGAUCUGAAAGUGCAUCAAUUCGGUAAUGGUGUUAAGAGAUAUUUCAUCAAUUCCAUUGGUGUGGCGAUACAGGUCAAUGAUAAGACUCCACUGCAGGUGUCGGUGAAUCAGACAACAAAUGAAUUUUGUUUGAGGGCUCAAAAUGAUGAUUUUACUUUUGUAAAUCAUCUGACGGAGUUGCCGCAAUUGGAUUAUAAAAUCUGCACUACGGAAGAUAUGAGGAGUCUGCAUAUGCUAAUGACACAGAAAAGUCUGUGGGAUGGCCUCAAGGAAGCCGAUAUGGAGGUAAUUUAUUCGCUCAUACAAGAACCAGUUUGGCGUACACCACAUGGCGAGGAUAUGGCCUCGUUGAAUGAAACAACAAUUUACAAUUAUUCCGAAGAUCUUAUUGCUAUGGGUCUGCCAUUGGGGCAUAUAUUGAUCAAUGAAUUUUGGCAGGCAAAUAUGGGCGACUUCACUGUGGAUCAAAAUCGUUUCCCCACGUUAAAUAAGACCAUUGAUCUAUUACAUCGUCGUGGUUUCAAAAUUGUCUUUACCAUACAGCCGUUCAUCUCAACGGAUAGUGAAAACUUCAAGGAGGCUGUACGCAAGAAGUUGUUGAUCUAUGAACGUCAUUCGGAACGUAGCAUUCCUGCCUUGACUCGAUACAAGAGCUCUUCCAGUGCUGGUGUCCUGGAUAUCACCAAUAAUGCAUCGGUCUAUUGGCUUAAAGAAAAAUUGGAACGCCUCAAAGCGGAAUAUAAAGUAAAUAGUUUCUAUUUGGAUUUAGGUACGGGUUACAACCUCCCCCACUACUAUCAAUGUCGACAAACCCUGGACAACCCGGAUAUGUAUGCCAAACUAUUCACCGAAAGUCUAGAAUCGGUGGGUUUCAUUGGUGUCUCCACGGCAAGUACAGUACCCAAGCCGCCAGCCUUCCUCAGUACACCACCCAUUAAUUCGUCAUGGGAAGGUUUGAAGGAGGUAAUGUCCACGGUAUUAAACUAUGGUGUCAUUGGUUAUCCAUUUGUCCUACCCGGAGCUGUGGGCGGAGAUUAUUCAUUGAAUAAGACGCUAACAAAAAUGAUUUCAUUUUAUUCAUUGGGUGAACCACCAUUACCGGAUGAAGAGUUAUAUGUCCGUUGGUUACAACUGAUGACCUUUAUGCCUGCCAUGCAAUUUAGUCAAUUGCCCACCUAUUAUCAAGGAGAUUAUGUUAAAAAUUUGGCCAAAGAUUUGGCAUUGAUUCGUCAGCAAAAUGUCAUUCCAGUUCUACGGAAAUGCCUAAGUGAAUCGAUGAAUGAGGGGUUGCCUUUGGUACGACCCCUAUGGAUGUUAGAUCCCCACGAUCCCGCGUGUUUGAGUAUAUCCGAUGAAUUUUCAUUGGGUGAAAUGUUAAUUGUCGCUCCGAUUUUGGAACCCAAUGUGGAGGAAAGAGAAGUAUACCUCCCACAAGGUGUUUGGAAAGAUGGCAUCGAUGGUUCAUUGCGCAAAGGCAGCCGUUGGAUACACAAUUACAAAGUCCCCAAGGAUAAAGUGGCAUUUUUCACAAAAAUGCCAGACAAUACUAGAUUCUAAAAUACUUACCUUUAAAAUUAGUUAAGAUUGUGAUAGAU